AUGCGAUUUGUCUUUGUUUGGAUCCAACGACCAAGUGCCGAUUUGCCGGAGGCGAACGCUUCGUCCGAUUUUGAAGAGGCUCCCACUCUCCGUUAUCUUGGACUGCGCCAGGACUACACACCGUCUCCCAAGAAGGACCCGAUUGGGUUUUUGUCAAAGCAUCUCAAGGAAUUACCCCCACAUCUCUCUCCGCGAUUCGGUCUCAUCACGAACCCCAAGCAAAGGACAGUGAUCCCUGCCAUUCGCAACCGAAGACUAAAGUGGACGACCACGGCUCCACCAGAAUUGAACUUUGUAAACGCACGAAACACUUGGCCAGGGUUAUGGGAGGGAGGACUACGUCCCGGAGUGGAAGAAGCCAAAGAAGAGCGUGCUUGGGCUCAGACGCACUUCCUGGAGGGUAGAGAGAAACAAGUUGGGAACCUAGGCAACCUACUCGGCAACUAUGAGGAAGAGCGGGAGAAUGAACGUGUCCGUUUGCUAAGAAGAGCCCAGGAAGACGACAAGUUCAUACCUGAAGAAGACGAAGACACUGACGAAGAGGAAGACGACGACAGUCCCCUACCAAGUCCAGAGCCAGAAAGCGACGUCGAACGACAGAGGACCUUUGAGCGUCGGAUUCGAGAACGCUUCAUCUAUGGACUGCUCGAGGGCAUAGACUACGAUAAGGUCGAUUGGGACGAAUCGUUAGAUUCAGAUGACGACCGCGAAGCUGAAGACCGUUGGUUUGAUGACGAUGGCGACGAAGAUUGA